GAAGUUUUCUGCUCUGACACAGAUCGACACCUCAUCUUUGUGGGGCGAGAUUUGGUGCAGCCCCUCAGCUCGGCAGGAGCUGCGCAGACCGGUCAAACUUUCACUCACGCUUUCAUGAGUUCAGACUUGUACAAUAACUUUGUCCUAACUCAUAUUACUGCGCAGGAAAGCUGCCUGCGCAAACUAUGUGCGCCGACUGUCCAACUUCGGACAAAGAAAAGGAGCCAAACUUCCAGCCAGGCGGGAUGGAGUCGCAAACAAAGCCGAAGCCGGGUCGAGGUGGUGGCGGAGUUUGUCAGGGAGGAUGCGGGCUCAAGCUGUCCGGGGAGGAGCACUGCUGUGUGGACGCUCUGCGCUCGGUCACCGAUGCCCUGGAGGAAAGAAGCGCGAUUUUGGAGCAUGAAGCCCGAAUGUCGAGGCUGAGGUGGAACCGGAGGGAGCAGUACCUCUUAGCUCAGGUGUCAACUCUGCAGAACGAGGCCCAACUCGCUGCUCUCCAGUACCAGAGGAGACUCCACCAGUACAUGCUGCACAUCAGCAGCAUAGCAGAGCAAGUCACCGGCUUCUACAAGGGAGACAAGAGUGCAACCUGUGAGAAGAGGACCCAGGCAUCAGAUGCAGCAACAUGUGCAAAAGAAGAGCAACUUACAGCACCUGAGGUGAAUGGGAAGGAGUUGUCCAAGUCCAGCCAUGAGGAGACCUUGGAGGCCUUUCGCCCUGCCAAGGACCCCGUCGUGGUGCAGGUCAUCAGGCGGACCCCCAGCGGCCGCCCCCAUGGCCCCCCUCAGGAAAUCCAUGUGGUGGAUGUGUGCACUCAGACCGACAUCACCUUUGAACACAUCAUGGCGCUGGCAAAGCUCCGGCCUUCAACCCCUCCUGUGCCUGACGUCUGUCCCUUCCUGCUCUCUGACAGCUGUCACUCUCUUCAUACCAUGGACCAGGAUUACUAUGAUGGGACGGACUACCUCUCACCUGUUCCAGCUGAUGGAGAGAGGGCAGAGGAGUUUGAGUAUGAGGAAGUGGAAUUGUGUCGACUCAGCAGCCAAGAGAAACUGGGACUGACUCUGUGCUACAGGACAGAUGAAGAGGAAGAUGUGGCCAUCUAUGUCAGUGAGAUCAGUCCAAACAGCAUCGCUGCCAGAGAUGGACGUAUCCGAGAGGGGGAUCGCAUCUUACAGAUUAAUGGCCAAGACAUACAAGACAGAGAGGAAGCAAUGGCUGCGCUCUCCAAUGAACAGUGCCGGAACAUCGUGCUGCUGGUUGCCAGACCUGAGAUGCAGCUGGAGGAGGCCUGGUUGGAUGAUGAGCACAGUGAGUUCCUGGAGCAGCUGAAGAUGGAAAUGUUGGAGGAGCAGCAAAGAGAGGAGAUGGAAUUGGCUGCCUUACAGGAGGAGGAUCAGGAGAAUGAGCAGAGGGCAGAAGAUGAUGAGCCCACCUGCUCGACACUGCCUCAUAAGAAUAAUGUACAGACGAUAAAGGACAGAAUGGAUAGUUCAGAUCAGAACGUCCUGGCACACAUCCAGAGACGUCUGUCCCAGUGCCUGAGAGACAGUCGGGAUGCACACCGUACCUCGGGCUCCAUGAGACUGGAGGAUAAAGAGGAUGAUGAUGACGAUGAAAUAGAGGGUGAUCGUUUCCAGCAGCUCUUGGAGCUGAAGUGUCAGAUACGUAACAGUGGCGAGUAUGACUUGUUCUACAGCCGCAGCACCAUUGAGUGCAGCAUGGGGGAGCAGGGCGGCGUGCAGCAUGAGCUGCGUAUGCUCAACGAGGAGCUGCGAAGCAUCGAACUUGAAUGUCAGAACAUCAUGCAGGCCCAUAACCUCCGAAAGGGACAGCAGUCACCGUCAACGGGCAACUCUGGACCUUCAACCAAAAACCAAAGCCUCCAUCGUAGUGACCCCACCAGGGGGAAGCUGGCAGACAUUAAUGAGAGGCUGGAGAAAUCUGACAAGGACAGCUCCAGUGCCUAUAACACGGCAGAGAGUUCACGAAGCACCCCUCUAGCAAUGGACCGCUCUCCAGAGCACUCACUCCAAAGGAUGGUGAGUCUCACCAACCAGAGGAACCUCUGCAGCAGCCUUGCUACCGGCCCCUCCCUUAGCCCAAGUCCAGUCCUAUCAUGUCGUGUUCCAGUCCCAGGCAAAAGCAGCAGUCCUGACCACAGCAACCCUUCCAACCACACACCUCAGGCUGAAGAAGAAAGCAGUGGGGCUUUAAAGCCACAUUCUUCCCGAAUUCCUUACUUCUCUCCGUCCCACAGCUCCCAGCAGAGGCAGGCCAACAUCCCAGCUCAUGCCCGCCACUACCAGAGCUACAUGCAGCUGAUCCAACAGCGCUCAGCUGUUGAGUAUGCUCAGAGUCAGCUCAGUCUGCUCAGUGUCUGCAAAGAGCCUCAGAGGCCCAUUAAUGAGCCCAAGAUGGAGUGGAAGGUCAAGAUCCGCAGCGACGGCACUCGCUACAUCACCAAAAGGCCCGUGAGAGACAAGAUCCUGAGGGAGAGAGCUCUUAAGAUUAAAGAGGAACGCAGCGGGGGAAUGACCACGGAUGAUGAUGCAAUGAGUGAAAUGAAGAUGGGGAAGUACUGGAGCAAAGAGGAAAGGAAGCAGCACCUGGUCAGAGCGAAAGAACAGAGGAAGAGACGAGAGUUUAUGCAGCGUAGUCGCCUGGAAAGCUUGAAGGAAAACCCUCAGAGCAGCAGUGAGGGUCGCAAGGAAGUCAGCAUCAUUGAACUCAGCCACAAGAAGAUGUUGAAGAAACGCAACAAGAAGAUCCUAGAUAACUGGAUGACCAUCCAGGAACUGAUGACUCACGGCACUAAGGCCCCCGAGGGAGCCAAGGUGCACAACGCCUUCCUGUCAGUCACUACUGUAUAAAGACAGAUAUCACACAUUCUACCCCAUGCGGUAUAUGAUACUUGCCUCGUUCAAUGUGGCGUUUUUAUGAGGACAUAAGGAAUAUUUUUCACACUUUGUAACCCAAAAAGCAUUUUGUAAAGAAUUUAUCAGUGGUCUUUCAGCAUUUUCUUCAUGAUUUUCAAUAUCAUUUUUUCACAUGGCUAUGUGGGAAAAGCAUUUUUCUAUGAAAUUAUGACAAUAUAAUUAUUUUAUUACUUCACUCAAAACAUGUUUAUCUUUUCAAUUCUAUUUUCAUAUUUAUGUUACAACCAUAUAACUCAAAGUAGUUGUAUGAACAUCUUUAGAAAAGUUAAGUAUUUUUCUUUUAUGUAUUAUAACACUUAACAGAUGCAACAGACGAAGAAUCAGCAGGCCUCCUGCCUUUCUUUUGUUUUCUUAAUGUUCCUUUAUUCAGAGACGUACGUUGGCUUUUAAAGCUGGAGUCAGUUCUUUUGACCAUGUUAGUGAGAAGGAGUUAAACGAUAUAUGAAUAUCUGGGCUCUGGUUUCUAAAAAGUUUGAAUCAAAAAGGUGAACAAAGCAGAAAUUAUCAAAUGCAGGUUUCAAAGCAUGUUUACAAAAAAGAGGCUUAAUAAUGCUCAGACCUCGGCUCUAAAGGAGUAAUAAGUGUCACAUCAGUCAUGGUGCUGCAUAUCUUGCACUUAGGGCUGGGCGAUAUGGCCUCAAAAUAAAAUCUUGGAUUUUUUUACAUCAAACUUAAUUUACCGUCUUAGCCGUUCUUCCUGUUACCUUUUUAGAAAAAAAAAACGACAUGACAAAGGAAAGACUCGGAACAAGUUUUUUGCCCUCAGGCGAUCAGCUCAUCUUUGUGGUCAUCAGGAAAGUAAGCUGUAUGAAGGCCGACACUUGGCAGAGCCCAGUCGUAGUUGAAAAAAUGCCCGUCAAACUCAUGUAUGGCUGCAGGGUUCAAGUGGACCAUAUGUCUGUACUUGUAGUAGAAUAAAACAACAUCCCCUCCAGCUCUCUAUAGAUCUUUUCAUGUUUACAGCUGCACAGAUGAGACAGGAAAACUUCAGCAAAGUACUGGGUAGCACAUACCUGGGGUCAAAAGUGGACAAACUCAGGCUUUUUCACUGCAUAUGGACACUGUGUCUCUAGCGAUAGUAAUAGUUCUAAUAACUUGUCCACUCCGUGCACAAUACAACUGGAGAAUGAUUUUGCUCAUGCUGCUGAUGCUUUUUAGCAGAUGUUUGCUGGCUGUAGCGGUCAUAUGCAUCUUGUCACAAGACACAUUUCUCCCACUUGGCUGCAUGCCUCUGUUUAGGCUGCUAAAACAAAUUGGUUGUGUAACAGCCUUUAAGCUAACUUUACAGCAGACUGGUUUGUUGGCGGUCUGAUGGCGCAAACAAACCAGUUCCAAACGACAGAUAAGACUGUGCCUUUCUUGGGAACAAACUCUUCAUUAACACUGGCAGCUGUGUUGUUGUUGUUGUGUACGUCUCUGUAGUAAGUAAAUAAAACGGAAGGGUGUGAGCUACGAGAGCCGAAGGGGAGCGGUGGAGGAAGUUAGAGAAAAUAUAGAUUGUAAUUUUUUUAAUUCAUCCUAAGACAUAAAUACGAAUUAAUCAAUAAAAUUAAUUUAUCACCCAGCCCUACUUGCAUCCUGUAGACUACUGUUUUGUAAAAUACCUGAAACUAAUUUGGAACAUAUCACAAACCUGUUUCACAUGAUAAUGCUAUCUCUUUCAUUAGGGGCCAAACAUUUUGAGGGUUCAGUUUCCUAAACAUUGAACUUUUUGAUAUGAGGAAGGAUUUCUGGUUAACAAAUUAAUUUUGUAAUAUCAUUUUUGUUAUCAGCAAUUUUAUAAAAAACAUCUUUCAACAGUUCAAUACCUCACAUUUAACUCUUCUAAUGUUGUUUCUGUUAUUUGUGGACUCUGAUUUUCUCACGACUACAACUUUGAAACAAUACUGCAGAAGCUGCUCGAGACAAGUUAUUGGAGAAAAAAUGUUUCAACACAAGAAAAUUGACUUCAUUGUUCUUCCAAAUUAGUUGUUUUUUUAAGAUUUUUGUGGUGAAGGACAACAAACAUCCCAAGAAUCCAAAAUGUUAUGGCUCAUUGCCAGCGUUGCAGCUUUGUUUGUACGGUUUCCAGCUUUGGGUAAUAAAGUAUUUUGUAUUCUGUUUUAUUUUUGCUUAAAAUCUAAUUUUUUUCCUACAUACUCAACAACAGAUGGACCUUCUCAUAGCUUUUGCAUACUGGUAUUUUUACAUGAUUUUUACUCUUCAUACACCUUUACUCAGCAUAGCCUUAACAGCAUAAACUUAAUCAAUGAUGUGUUUGUGUUGCAGCUGAUUUCAUGCACAAACAAACUGUCUCUGGAUGUCUCUGUGCCACAGGGAGGUACUGCUCAGCCUUAUUCAUGGGUAACACAAACUGAGUUUUUAGUAACAGGGAAAGUUCAUAGAUAUUGUAUUGUGGUUACUGAGUUAAGUUUGCAGUCACAUUAAAACUCGUGUUUGGAUGAUUGCCACUGAGCAGGACUCAGAACACAGCAAAUGGGAUAAUUAAAAAAAACUAACAUUAAUUGAAAUAUGUGACCAUCCAUCAAAUGAAUUUAUACUUCCGUUACAUGUACAGAUUACUCAUUCCAAAAUGCCUCAUUUUUAACUGAAAUAUUGUAAAUUUGAAUCUUUAAACUGACCCCUGUAUUUGUUUUGAGUCAAUGUCCAUGGUCUAAUUUGGGUAAUGCGUAGUUGGGCACAUUUGUAGCCAGGUGAAAUGUGUGAUAAGGUGAAAGAAAUGAAAAUAAAUUAUUGUUUUUUGGUAUAACA